CGGAGGAUAUUUAUAUUCGGGUUGACAGCCGCAGGAGGUGUGGGGGAAAUUGUUUGGAUGUUGUAAUGAAUCCGGGAGUGGCAUUGUUGCUGUCGGCGGCAUUUGCUGUCUGUCAUGGGCUCGUGCGCAUUCCUUUGAGGAAAUCUCGCUCCAUCCGACAAACCUUCACUGAUUCUGCAGACAGCAUUGAGGAACUACUUGCAGGAGACCAAUCCAACAAAUACAAUUUGGGCUUUCCACAUAGCAAGCGGCCCACUCCAGAGACACUAAAAAAUUACCUGGAUGCCCAGUAUUAUGGAGAGAUUGGUAUUGGCACACCACCUCAAAUCUUCACUGUGGUUUUUGACACUGGUUCCUCCAACCUCUGGGUUCCUUCCAUUCAUUGUUCCCUAACUGACAUUGCUUGCUUGCUGCAUCACAAGUAUAAUUCUGAAAACUCUAGCACAUAUGUGAAGAAUGGGACUGAAUUUUCUAUUCAGUAUGGUAGUGGCAGCCUAUCAGGAUACCUCAGCCAGGACACUGUAAGAAUUGGUGACAUCAAAGUUCCAAACCAGUUGUUUGGUGAGGCCAUCAAACAGCCUGGUGCAGCUUUUAUUGCUGCAAAGUUUGAUGGAAUUCUUGGCAUGGCCUACCCCAAAAUCUCAGUUAAUGAUGUUGAUCCAGUGUUUGAUAAUAUCAUGAAGCAGAAGCUGGUGCAAAAGAAUGUGUUUUCGUUUUACUUGAACAGGAAUCCAGAAACUCAACCUGGGGGGGAGCUUCUGUUAGGUGGCACUGAUCCCAAAUAUUACACUGGAGAAUUCUACUACUUGAAUGUCACCCGCCAGGCAUAUUGGCAAAUCAAAAUGGAUAAAAUUGCCAUUGAUGACUCUUUGGUCCUUUGUAAAGGAGGCUGUUCAGCUAUUGUGGACACAGGAACAUCUUUGAUCACUGGACCGGCUGCAGAAAUUCAGGCUUUACAGAAAUCCAUUGGAGCUAUACCACUUACGCAAGGCCAGUACAAAGUUGAUUGCAACAAAGUUGCCUCCCUUCCUCCCAUCAACUUUAGCCUGGGAGGGCAGAGCUUUACUCUGACUGGAGAGCAGUAUAUCCUGAAGGAAACACAAAUUGGUGUGACCAUCUGCCUGAGUGGAUUCAUGGCCCUUGACAUUCCUCCACCAGUUGGUCCAAUGUGGAUUCUUGGAGAUGUCUUUAUUGGGCAGUACUAUACAGAGUUUGACCGAGACAACAAUAGAGUUGGAUUUGCAAAGGCUGUAUAAAAAUGGCUGCCAUGUUUAACAAUCAACUGGAAUAUUGAUAAUUGGAGUACAGAUGUUAAAAACCUACUUGCAGCAGUAAUGAUGGGAAUCCUUUAGACUAUAACUUUAUCAUAAUGACUUUCCAAGUGCUUAAUUAUGGGCUGAUUUUACUUUCAAGCUAACUAAGAUCAGCAUGUUAGUGUUCUAUUGGGAAUGUAAGAUGUGCUGUGCAGGGAUUAGACUAUCUGUUUCACAAUGUUUUUACCUUAAGGCCUUGAUCUGAUCCUUGUUUUUGAGGUGGCCAGAGUUUCUCCUCUUGGAUCCAAGUACCAGUUUGCUUCACUUGAGAUUCUGUUUUUUUUUUACUGAAAAUGACAUACAAUACAAUGCAGAUUGUCAUGCCAUGGGAGGGAGAGAAAUCUGAAACUAUACACCUGCUAAUUCUCUCAAAUGGGGGGCAAAAAAAAUGGAACCACAAAGUAACAAAAACUUAAUGGGAGGGGAUGAUCAGUAGAAUCUAGAAAUGUUAAACAAUGGCAAGAUUUCUUAAGAGAUUACAUGAUUUUAAUUAUUUUAGGGUUAUUUGACAUUUGUUCUAAUUGUAAUAGGACUAGUUGGAAUUAAAUGCGAUAGAUUUGCACAUGCAUACAAUUUUAAAUUCUUAACAUGAAUUUAGUUCAGGUCACUUGCCUCCAGUCAGAUGUCUCUCUGUCUGUCUGUCUGUCUGUCUGGAGUACUAUUUGGACCCAAUGUAACCCUUUCAAGAUGAGCUGGUUCAACCAAUGUCUCAACUAUACAGCCUGGUAACAUUAAAGAAUUUGUCACCAUUUUGAAAAA